GCGUGGGUUUCAGCUCGCUUUUCUCUGCCAUUGAAACCAUUCUCAAAUCUCAGUCCCAAGUUCACAGAGGACGAGAAAUACCAUUUUCCAGCAAUGGCUGCGAUCUUAGCUCGCAAAUCUCUUCUCGCUCUUCGCGCUCGUCACCUGGCUGUUCCAACACAAACGUUGCAAGGCUCGCACCAUUAUGGAUUGCAAUUGGGUGCACACUCUUAUUCCACCAAACAAGAGGAUGAAGAAAGAGAGCAGCUUGCAAAGGAGAUUUCAAGGGAUUGGAGUUCUGUGUUUGAGCGAAGCAUAAAUACACUCUUCCGGGGUAUGAGUCUGACUCUCAAGUACUUCUUUGAGAAAAAAGUUACGAUCAAUUAUCCUUUUGAGAAGGGCCCUUUGAGCCCUCGUUUUCGUGGUGAGCAUGCCCUACGGCGAUAUCCAACUGGAGAGGAGCGUUGCAUUGCAUGCAAACUCUGCGAAGCUAUAUGUCCGGCACAAGCAAUCACAAUUGAGGCUGAGGAACGAGAAGAUGGUAGCCGUAGGACUACUAGGUAUGACAUUGACAUGACAAAGUGCAUCUACUGUGGCUUCUGUCAAGAGGCAUGCCCCGUUGACGCCAUUGUUGAAGGACCAAACUUCGAAUUUGCAACUGAGACUCAUGAGGAGCUUUUGUAUGACAAAGAAAAGCUUCUUGAGAAUGGAGACCGUUGGGAAACUGAGAUUGCAGAGAACCUCAGAUCCGAGAGCCUCUACCGCUGAUUUUCCUUCUUAUGGUUUUGUUCUGGUCUAUAAAAUAUGCAUUUUCGCAACUCUGUCUUUGAUUAUGUGGCAAUAAUCUGAUCUGUUUGAAAACUUACAGAUAUUUCUGUAUUGUUUUCCUAAUCUCAGUUGUUCAGUUCCAAGCGAAUGAAUUCCAGAUGAAAAGGGUUUCUUUUGUAAAAGUUUCAGCACAAUUGAGAUCCUUUUUUUCUUCUGAUGAGCAUGACAAUGAAAGCAAUCAAAAGAAAAUUCAUUGUACUUAGUGGUGAAUUUCUUAGUGAACUAAAGAAUUGAAACAAUUUUCUUUAUCUUCUA